UUGCUGGUCUGACUAAUCCCAGGACGAGAGUUUCGCGUGUGGUCCGAAACGGAACAACGGAUCACCACCGCGCCGGAGCGAUCCAGCCCCCGCCGAUCCAUGGCUCCCGCGGCGGCGCGCCUCCUCCUCCUCGUCCUCGCCGUCGCCUCCUCCCUCUCCGUGGGCGCGGACGCCCUCCGGUCUUUGGGCGUCGGCGACGGGGCCACCGCGCAGGGGGACUACGCCGUGGAGCUUGACGCCACCACCUUCGACGCCUUCCUCACGGCCUCCCGGGAGUCCUUCGCCGUCGUCGAGUUCUACGCCCACUGGUGUCCAGCUUGCAGAAACUACAAGCCCCAUUAUGAGAAGGUUGCGAAACUUUUCAACGGUCCAGAUGCUGCACAUCCUGGGAGAGUACUGAUGGCUAGGAUUGAUUGUGCAUCAAAGGUGAACAUAGAUCUUUGCAAUAGAUUUUCUGUUGACCGUUAUCCUUUACUACUUUGGGGGCGCCCACCAAAAUUUGCUAACAUUAAGUGGGACCGGAAGCAAGAGAAAAGCAAAAUAAAAUUGAUUGAUGAUGGAAGAACAGCAGAGCGUUUACUUAAGUGGAUAAAUAAGCAAAUGGAAAGCUUGUUCACUUUGGAUGACAAAAAAUAUGAGAAGGAAAAUGUGCUUCCAAACAAUGCUUCAGAUCUUAAACAGGUUGUUCAAGCAAUUUACAGUGUUGCGGAAGCAACAGCUCAUGCAUUACAGAUAUUUUUGGAGCACAAUGUUCUAGUUCAAUGAUCAAAAUUCACGAUUGACAGUGGCAGAGCUAGCCCAUGUGUGGAUCGAGCUAGUUGAAUGUACUAUAUUAGAAGAGUGAAGGGAGAUGGUUUAUGGGCGCUCGUUUGGCCACAAAAUUGAAGGAAAUAUGCACUAGAGGCAGUAAUAAAGUUAUUAUUUUAUUUCCUUAUAUCAUGAUAAAUGUUUAUUAUUCAUGUUAGAAUUGUAUUAA